AUGUUCAAAGUGGUCGUUUCCCUCGUUGCUCUGACGGUGGCAAUCGCUGCCGUGGUGUCUGCUGCCCCUGCGUCCGACGAUGCGUCGGCCACGAUCUUGACGCACGAGUCGCGCCUUGAACCGGAUGGUGCGUACUCGUACAAGUACGCCACGAGCAAUGGCAUCCAGGCGGAGGAAAGCGGAAUCGGUGGACAGUCGGUGCAGGGUUCGGCCUCGUGGGUCGGUGAUGAUGGUGUACCGAUCGUGCUGACCUACACCGCCGACGAGAACGGAUACCGCCCUCAGGGACUGCAUCUACCGACGCCACCACCAAUCCCAGAGUACAUCUUGCGUGCGCUCCGGUACAUCGAGGCCAAAAAUGCCGGCCAGAAUGGUGGCAAGUGA